CGCUUAACUGUCAUCACAAAAUAGGUGGAAGCGACGAGAUAUGGUGUAAAAAGGACUAUGAGUGGAAACGAUAGAGAUUUUGCCCCUUUGACAGCAAUAUGUGUUCGAAAUCUGAACGACAAGUUAUACGAGAAGCGCAAAAUGGGGGCCCUGGAAGUAGAAAGGAUGGUGAGAGACUUCUCUUCAUCUGGUCAAACUGUCCAGAUUCAGCGGAUCCUUAAAGUUCUUGGUGAAGAUCUUGCAUUGUCUCAUAACCCCAACUCAAGGAAAGGAGGUGUCAUUGGUUUGGCAGCCACGGCUAUUGCUCUUGGAAAGGAGUCAACAAAUUAUGUAGGUGAACUGGUGAAACCUGUGUUGGAUUCCUUCACUGACCAGGACAGCAGGGUGCGGUACUAUGCCUGUGAAGCUCUCUACAAUAUCUCCAAAGUCUGUCGUGGUUUUGUGCUUCCAUACUUCAACGAGAUCUUCGAUGGAUUGAGUAAGCUAUCAUCCGAUACAGACCAGAAUGUUAAGAAUGGAACUGAGCUUCUCGAUAGACUUAUCAAGGACAUUGUAACAGAAAGUUCAGCCUUUGACCUACGUGCGUUUAUUCCAAUUUUGAGGGAAAAAUUGUAUGUGAAAGAACAGUAUCCACGUCAGUUCAUUGUAUCCUGGAUUGCAGUACUAGAUGCUGUACCUGAUAUUAAUAUGCUUGUACUGCUACCCGAAAUACUACACGGCUUGUUUGAGAUCCUUGGAGACUCUAACACCGAAAUCAGCAAAAUGUGCCAAGAUGUUCUACAGGAGUUCCUGAAUAGUAUAAAGAAGACAAGGACUGGUGUUAACUAUGAAGGAAUGGCCAACAUCCUCAUCACUCACAGUCUUUCUGAUAAUGCUUUAAUUCAGUACACAGCCAUCUGUUGGCUCCAGGAGUUUGUUGCCCAGGCUGGAAGGACCAUGUUACAGUAUACCUCUGGUAUCAUAGAUGCAGUGCUGCCAUGUCUGGCUACUGAGGGUCACAUAUCUCGCUCUGUCAGUGAGGCUGCCAAACACUUAAACCUUGCUCUACUGAACCUGAUCUGUGAGGAGGACGACCUGCCCACGCCUACACUAGGAAGUCCUGUCAACAGUAUACCAGAUAGUCCAUCUUCACAGGAACACAAGCCAGACAAUACUUCAACAGCAAGCAGUACAAUCAGACUAAACAUAGCCAAUGUGAUCUCUGUUCUAUGCCGGAUGAUACAACAUCAGAGCCUUAGGACCAGGAUAGCUGCCUUAGAGUGGCUGUCACAUCUCUUACUCAAAGUACCAAAUAAGACAUUCCAGCAUGUGGACAGGUUUUUCCCCGUACUUCUGGCCACACUUUCUGACACAUCAACAGAGGUUGUGCUCCUCGAUUUAGAAACCCUUGCUGAAAUUUCAUCAAAUCCUGCAGGACAUUUUGUUCACACAGAUCAAAAUCAAGUGUCAAAAGGAGAACAAACGACCAAAGAGGAAAAACCCAGUAAAUCAGGACUUAACAGAUUCUUCACAAAAUUCAUGAAGGCUUUGUUGGAUUUGUUUAAAAAAGACCAGAAUUUGCUCGAGCCAGAGGAGAGGGGUUACUUCAUCAUCAGACAGUUGUCUCAGUUGUUGAAUGCCGUAGAUGUGUUCCAGUCAUUUUCCAAGAUUCUAGUAGAGGAGGUAGACGUAAACUUUGCUUGUAAGAUGGUACAAAGCCUAAACACCAUUCUCCUAACGUCUACAGAACUGUUUGAUAUGAGGAAUCAGCUCAAAUCUCUCAGUACUCAGGAAAGCUGUGUUUUGUUCUGCUGUUUGUACCAGUCCUGGUGUCACAGCCCGGUCGCCACAGUGUCAUUGUGCUACUUAUCUCAAAACUACCGCCAUGCCUGUGAUCUUCUCCUGUCUUUUGGUGACCUUGAGGUGACAGUUGACUUCCUGAAAGAGAUCGACAAGUUGGUCCAGCUGAUAGAAUCUCCUAUAUUUGCAUACCUACGACUGCAGCUGCUAGAUGUCCACAACAACCAAGAGCUCAUCAAGAGUCUGUAUGGCCUGCUAAUGUUGCUGCCACAGUCGGAAGCAUUCAAACUACUGCGGUAUCGUCUUGAUUGUAUACCCCACUAUCAAUUAGCCACCAUCAGUGAAAAGCACAGAGGGAAGAACCUUCAAGAUCAGCGACCUCUGGUGUCAAAAAUUAACUUUCCAGAUCUCCUUAGACAUUUUCAAAAAGUCCAGGAAAAGCAUCGAGAAGCACGCCAUAAGAUGGCUUUCAGAGGACGAAUGAUCCAUACAAAGUGAUUGGUUUGAGAAUUCAAGGACAAUGGAUAGGACAUUGUAAUCCUGACUGAUCAAAUGAAACUGGUAGCUAGAGUGUUGAUAUCUGGAUUUGAUUUAUAACAAAAGUUUCACAAAAAAGACUUCAGGUGUACUUCAAUCAAACAUGUAUCGUUACAUAAAAAUACAAGUGAAAUCCUGGUAUCAAAAAAAUUCAUUUUACAAAAAGACAGAAUUUCUUAAUGUUAUCAGAUUGUGUUAUAUAUCAUGUUAAUCAUAGACUAUUGUUGUAUGGAGAAGUAUAGAACAUAAAACUACAAAAACACACUGCUCCCUCACAUCUUAACAUCAGACAAGUCAAAUUUCUCCUCUUUUGUCAGUAUGGUCAUUUUUGAAUCGACAUCGUGGUAAAAACCUAUUAUCAGAAAUUAUUGUUUACCCUCCUAAUUAUGUGUAGAUGUUAUCACAAUUUUCACUGUCCAUCAUAUAUGUCCAGUUUGAUUGCUCAAAUUAGACAGGAAAUGCCAAUAUGUAGCCCCAAAAAUAUUCAUAGCAAAUAAUAAAUUUGAAAACGAGGCAGUGGGCGAGAGAAGGAAUUUGCAUCGCCUGCAGUGAUAAAAACUGUAAAUGCUAGUUUGGUAUGGAACAUUAUUUUCUUAAGAACUUUAUACACAGUAUAUAACAAUUUAACCUUAAUUAUACAUUUUAUAACAUUUGUCAUUUUAGCAUCUCAGUUUCUCCUUUAGCUUACUUGUCAACUUUGAUUUAAUGGAAGGUCCUAUUAUAAAUUGUUGGUUGAUGAAAAAGAAUUCCCGUGUUAUUUAACUAAGUAUUAAAUAUUUGCUUUAUUUAUCAACAAAGUUCACUAUUCACCAUAUAGACCAGUACAACAUUUGUUAAAGAAGAAUUAAAGAAAAAGAAAGAAAAAAAAUUCAGUGUGAUGUCCUCUUAAUGUAGAGCACUCUAAAUUCUAUGUCUCCCACCGUAGCACAUUUCCUAAUGAAUGAUAAUCAAUAUUAUAUAAACAACACAAAUAUGACCAUUUACUAUAGUAUUGAAAAUCUUAAAACUCGAUCAAUUCUGUUUUCAAAAUUCACUCAAAUAUGACAGUUCUGCUGCAAAAGUGUCACUCUCCUUGAGGAAAGAAAACUGAUAAUUUACAGUACUUGCCUCUUGUCAUUCUGAAGUGAAAUACAACAUUGUAGUCAUGUCUAAAAAUCUGAGUUUGUCCCAAACUACACCAAAAGAUAAAAUUCACGUAACAUAUUUAUUGGUUGUUAAUGUCUAAAAUAUAACAUAUUUAGUGGUUGUUAAUGUCUGAAAUACAAUGUAAGUGUAUUCCAGUUUUGAUUGCAGUGACAAAAAAACUUAUUUAAUGAGAAACUAAAGAAAACAUAAAACAUUAAAGUCCAGCUUUCAAGCAUCCCAAAUUUUCAGUUACUGGAUCAUGAAAUCUGGAAGAUAUUUCGUAAAUAGUGUAUGUGUUGUGUUCACAAUCUAACGAAGUUGGGUUAAAGUUAGAUGUAUACUUAAUAAGUAAGAGAACAAAAGACAAAAACUUUAUUAACAUGAAAUGUUAUAAUUACACAUGGCUAUCACUUCUGUAAAAGUAUUUUCACUUCUUUAUAGGUGAAGCUAAAAUCAUGUCUAACAAUUUGAUUGAUAUGUGUUAUCUACUGAAACAUUCUGUUACCUACAAUAUAUAAAAAAAAUUCUGAAAGGUGGGAUUUCCUCAUGAAAUUAACACAGCAAACAAUUAACUGGGUAUAUGUCUUAAGAAUCUAAAUGUGUUUGAUCCUCAUUUUAAA